UCUUAGCUUGAGAUUGGGGACGAGUGGCCAGCCCUCCCCGUGCCUGGGGGAGGAUGGCUCUGACUCAGAGCGCUUGGUGGGGAAGGGGAUGAUCUCUCCUGGGCGCUUUGUCCUUUUCCAGAGGAAAUCCGGGCUUUCUUGGGCCAACAGUUCUGGCCUGGGGGGAGAGAGGACUGGAAAGAUUUCCCCCAGACAGCCCGAGCGUUCCGGGCACGAUGCAAAAUGUUUACAGACCAAACCCAGGCCCGCCCGGGACAGCGCGGAGGGGAGCAGACGGGGCGAGCCUGCGGCCCCUGCCGCCUCGGCGGGGGAGUGGAGUGCAGGGGAAGGAAGGCGGCUCCUUUAAGGCCGGAGCUGCCGCCGCGCUCACGCAGCAGCAGCGGCGGCUGAGGCGCGGCCACCGGGGCGAAGCCUCCUCUUGUUUCCUUGGCUGCCAUGCUGCCGCCGCCAGAUGUUCCCGUAGUCUCCAGCCCGCUCGUGCUGCAGCCUCAGCGGCUCCCAUCCUAGCAGCCGCGGGGAGCGAGGCGGGCCCCCCCCCCCCCCCGCAGGAGCGGGCACCGCAGCCCGCCUGCUGGCCUAGGACCGACUGGGCGGCCGGACCGAAGGGCUCCGGGCAGCUGGGCGAGGGCGCGCGGGGGGCCCCGCUCCCGCCCCGGGAUCCCGCGCGCGCCUCUCCCAUGCCUCGCUCGGCGCGCGCUCUGCCCCGGGGGCCGGGGCGCCGCGCCAUGUCCCCCAGGUAAUGCCGGGGGCAGAGAGAGGCCAGCGCCGCCGCGACCGUCUAUGUGCGUGUGGAUGCGCCCCCCGCCCCUGCGCGCAGCGUCCCAGCGCCUCCACCAUGUCCUUGGCGUUCUGCGGCAAUGAGAAUAACUCGGCUGCCUACAACGUGGACAAAGGGGUGCUCAACAACGGCUGCUUUGUGGACGCGCUCAACGUGGUGCCGCACGUCUUCCUGCUCUUCAUCACCUUCCCGAUCCUCUUCAUAGGAUGGGGAAGUCAGAGUUCCAAAGUUCAUAUACAUCAUAGCACUUGGCUUCAUUUUCCCGGCCACAAUUUACGUUGGAUCUUGACUUUCAUCCUUUUGUUUGUGCUGGUGUGUGAAAUAGCAGAGGGCAUAGUGUCAGAUGGGGUCUCAGAAUCCCGUCAUUUGCACCUGUACAUGCCAGCUGGUAUGGCAUUCUUGGCAGCCAUCACAUCUGUUGUUUACUAUCAUAACAUCGAAACAUCAAAUUUUCCAAAGUUAUUAAUAGCCUUGCUGUUCUACUGGACCUUAGCUUUUAUAACCAAAACUAUCAAAUUUGUAAAGUUCUGUGAUAAUGGGGUUGGAUUUUCUCAGCUUCGAUUUUGCCUCACGGGACUUCUGGUUAUUCUAUAUGGAAUGCUACUAGCUGUAGAAAUUAAUGUCAUCAGGGUGAGGAGAUAUGUUUUCUUCAAAACCCCCAAAGAGGUUAAGCCCCCUGAGGAUCUUCAGGAUCUUGGAGUUCGGUUCCUACAGCCCUUUGUGAAUCUGCUGUCCAAAGGAACAUACUGGUGGAUGAAUACUUUCAUCAAGACCGCCCAUAAAAAGCCAAUAGACUUGAAAGCCAUAGGCAAGCUGCCUAUUGCCAUGAGAGCUCUGACAAAUUACAUUCGCCUUAAUGAGGCUUUUGAAGCACAAAAGAACAAAAGGUCUCCAUAUCCACAAGGAUCCAAAUCAAUUUGGUGCGCUCUCUGCUGUGCAUUUGGGAGACCACUAGUUCUCAGCAGCACUUUCCGUAUUCUGGCUGACUUGCUUGGGUUUGCUGGUCCGCUCUGUAUCUCUGGGAUUGUUCACCACGUUGGAAAAGGAAAUAACACCAUCCGUCCGCAGAUUAAAAUUCUUGGUGUUUUCUUUAUUUCAUCUCAAGAGUUCCUGGCCAAUGCUUAUGUUUUGGCUGUCCUCCUAUUUUUCGCCCUUCUAUUGCAAAGGACAAUUCUCCAGGCAUCAUAUUAUGUCGCCAUUGAAACUGGAAUUAACUUGAGAGGAGCAAUUCAGACAAAAAUAUACAAUAAGAUUAUGCAACUGUCCACUUCCAACAUGUCUAUGGGGGAAAUGACUGCAGGCCAGAUCUGUAACCUGGUUGCCAUAGAUACAAACCAACUGAUGUGGUUCUUCUUCCUCUGCCCUAACCUUUGGGCUAUGCCUGUGCAGAUUGUUGUAGGUGUGCUUCUGCUCUACUACUUGCUUGGAAUCAGUGCCUUAAUUGGAGCAGUAGUGAUCAUAGUGCUUGCACCUGUCCAGUACUUUGUGGCAACGAAACUCUCACAGGCCCAAAGAAGCACAUUAGAAUAUUCCAAUGAGAGACUGAAGAAAACGAAUGAGAUGCUUCGGGGCAUUAAACUCCUUAAACUCUAUGCAUGGGAACACAUCUUUCACAGCAGUGUGGAGGAAACCCGGCAAAAGGAAAUGACCAGCCUUAAGGCCUUUGCUCUCUAUACCUCCAUAUCAAUUUUCAUGAAUGCAGCAAUACCAAUUGCAGCUGUACUUAUAACAUUUGUGGUCCAUGCCCACCUGACUGGAAAUGCUGACUUCUCCCCAUCAGUGGCUUUUGCCUCACUCUCCCUCUUUCACAUUCUUGUCACCCCGCUGUUCCUGCUCUCCAGUGUGGUCAGAUCUACUGUCAAAGCUCUGGUCAGUGUGCAGAAACUGAGUGAAUUUUUAUCAAGUGAAGAAAUUGGAGAAGAGCAUGAUAAAUGUUCAGAGCCAAGAAAUGCAGACAACCACAGCAAAUACCAGGUGGUUCCCCUCAGAGUUGUUAACCGUAAGAGGCCUGCCAGAGAAGACUGGAACAAUUACAACUCUCACAUGAGAAGACCUGUUAACAUCACAGAAGGAGAUGAUUUUUGUGUAAAGAUCACAAAUGGAUUUUUCACCUGGACACCUGAAGGAUCUGCAGCAUUGUCCAACAUUGAUAUCCGAAUCCCUCAAGGUCAGUUAACAAUGAUCGUAGGACAGGUGGGCUGUGGUAAGUCUUCACUCUUGCUUGCGACACUUGGGGAGAUGCAGAAGACUUCUGGGAACAUAUUCUGGAACAGCAGUAUUCCUGACAGCGAGACAGGGGAAGAUGUCAGCCCAGGGAAGGAAACUGCUGUUGACAUGGAAGUCAGGAAAAGAGGAUCAGUGGCAUAUGCCUCACAGAAACCAUGGUUGCUCAAUGCUACUGUGGAAGAGAAUAUCACUUUUGAAAGCCCCUUCAACAAACAAAGGUACAAAGCAGUAAUUGAUGCUUGCUCCCUUCAGCCUGAUAUUGACAUUCUUCCUCAUGGAGACCAAACCCAGAUUGGAGAGAGGGGUAUUAAUCUUUCUGGAGGGCAGCGCCAGCGCAUCAGUGUGGCAAGAGCACUUUACCAGCAGACAAAUGUUGUGUUCCUGGAUGAUCCGUUUUCUGCACUGGAUAUCCACUUAAGUGACCAUCUUAUGCAGGAAGGGAUCCUUAAAAUGCUAAGGGAAGACAAGAGGACCAUUAUCCUGGUCACUCACAAACUACAGUACCUGCCACAUGCUGACUGGAUCAUUGCAAUGAAGGAUGGCACCAUUCAAAGAGAAGGAACACUCAAGGACAUUCAGAAAUCAGAGUCUGAGCUCUUUGAACACUGGAAAACACUCAUGAAUCGACAGGACCAAGAACUGGAGAAGGAAACUAUAAUUGAAAGAAAAACGGUUUUGGAGAGGAAGAACCUCCGGAGGACCAGGUAUUCCCGAGAAGCUCUGCUAAAAGAUGAUGAAGAGGAUGAAGAAGAAAUAACAGAAAGUGAUGAUGAUGACGACAACCUAUCUUCUGUGCUACAUCAGAGAGCAAAGAUGCCUUGGCGAGCCUGUGGGAAGUACCUCAGCUCGGCAGGGAUUCUGCUGUUGCCUUUACUGAUCCUUUCACAGUUCUUGAAACACACUGUUAUGGUGGCUAUUGACUACUGGCUUGCAAAGUGGACCUCCGAUGUCAUUUCUGCAAAGAGUGACCUAGAACAAAAGAAUUGUUCUGUAUGCCAGGAAUUUAAUCAUUCUCGCUAUUCAAGGAUGUUCAGCAUUCUCUGCUGCCUUGGGAUUAUACUGUGUCUUGUCACGUCAAUAGCAGUGGAGUGGACUGGUCUAAAAGUUGCCAAAAAACUACACUAUUGUCUGCUGAAUAAAAUUAUUUUGGCACCAAUGAGAUUUUUUGAAACAACACCACUGGGAAGCAUCUUGAACAGAUUUUCCGCUGAUUGCAACACCAUCGACCAGCACAUUCCUGCUACCCUGGAGUGCCUGAGCCGCUCCACUUUGCUAUGUGUAUCUGCUCUUGCUGUAAUCUCCUACGUCACGCCAAUGUUUCUCAUUGCCCUGCUUCCUCUUGCUAUCAUAUGUUAUUUCAUCCAGAAAUACUUUCGAGUGGCCUCAAGGGAUCUGCAACAGUUGGAUGACAGCACCCAGCUGCCAUUACUUUGCCAUUUUUCAGAGACUGUGGAGGGUUUAACCACUAUACGAGCUUUCAGGUAUGAAGGCCGGUUCCGACAGAAGCUUCUUGAAUAUACAGAUUCCAACAAUAUUGCUUCCCUUUUCCUUACAGCUGCCAAUCGUUGGCUGGAAGUCCGCAUGGAAUACAUUGGAGCGUGUGUGGUUCUCAUAGCAGCUGUGACUUCUAUUACCAAUUCCUUGUACAAUCAGCUCUCUUCAGGACUUGUGGGUUUAGGACUAACCUAUGCUCUUAUGGUGUCUAAUUACCUGAACUGGAUGGUUCGUAACCUGGCUGAUAUGGAGAUCCAGCUGGGAGCAGUGAAAAGGAUCAAUGGCCUUCUAAAAACAGAAGCUGAAAAUUAUGAAGGGCUCCUUUCUCCUUCACAGAUUCCUCAGAACUGGCCUGACAGAGGUGAGAUCCAAAUACAGAACCUGAGUGUCCGGUAUGACAGCAACCUAAAGCCCGUCCUAAAGCACGUCAGUGCUCACAUCUUUCCAGGGCAAAAGAUUGGAAUCUGUGGCAGAACAGGCAGUGGGAAAUCCUCCUUCUCUCUCGCCUUUUUCAGAAUGGUUGACACCUUUGAAGGGAGGAUUAUCAUUGAUGGCAUAGACAUUGCAAAGCUCCCUUUACAGACACUAAGAUCCAGGCUGUCCAUCAUUCUCCAAGAUCCUAUUUUGUUCAGCGGUACAAUCCGGUUUAACUUGGACCCAGAAAAGAAAUGCACAGACAGCAUGCUGUGGGAAGCCUUGGAAAUAGCACAACUCAAACAUGUGGUGAAAGCACUACCAGGGGGUCUAGAUGCCAUAGUCACAGAAGGUGGAGAAAAUUUUAGCCAGGGGCAAAGACAGCUGUUCUGCUUAGCACGGGCAUUUGUGCGGAAGACAAGUAUCUUCAUCAUGGAUGAAGCCACAGCAUCCAUUGACAUGGCAACGGAGAAUAUUCUUCAGAAGGUUGUAAUGACGGCGUUUGCUGACCGUACUGUGGUAACCAUAGCACACAGGGUACACACUAUUCUGAAUGCAGAUUUAGUCAUUGUAAUGAAGAGAGGGGUUAUUUUGGAGUAUGAUAAGCCUGAGGUUCUGCUGGAGCAAGAAGAGAGUGUGUUUGCUUCUUUUGUACAAGCCGAUAAAUAAUAGGAUAAAAUGAAGCCUUUCAAAAUGCAAUUGUAUUACUCAUUUUCUAAUUAUGUAAAUUACCUGUAAAUAAAAUAUUGAUUAUUUCAUAAUGAAAGACUGA